CUCACACUUUGGAUAUUACCGAAGAAUCGGAAAAUCGUACUAUGAACGUAUUUUCUCAAGUCUACAAACGUAUGUUACCAUUGUCAAAGAAAUUAAUCGAACAAUUAUAUUCGGAUAUUAAAAGUACCAUAAAGUCGACCGAGUCCACAACCAGCGUCAACACAUUGGAACACACCAUACAUCAGUUCUUUGUCAAUUUAUUUCCCGUUGCCUACCAUCAAGUCGUCCAUUUGAACAAGGAACGAUAUGGUGAAUUGCAUGAGGAUUACAUUAAUUGCUUGAAACACACUGCCGAUGUUCUGGGCGAAACCGAUGAAUUGUAUGGGGCCCAUUUGACGGAAAGCUGCCAAAAGCAUCUGCUACGAAUGAGUUAUUGUCCACGCUGUAAUGGUCUGCAAAAGACGCAUGUGAAAACAUGUCACGGUUACUGUGUAAAUGUAUUAAGAGGUUGUUCGGCUCAAUAUGCUGGUGCUUUGGAUAGCCAUUGGUCUAGUGUUGCGGCUGGUUUGGAAAAUUUAAUGAAUGUCCAUAUGAGUGCUGAUGUUGGCAUUGUUGCAGCAAUUAAACAAUUAAAUGUUAAAUUAUCUGAUUCAAUAAUGAAUGCCAUGAGAAAUGGUCCCGAAUUGGAAAAUACGGUUAAAAAAACUUGUGGUACACCAAAAUUGUUACCCUCCAAAGAUACCGAUAAUGAAAUUAAAACACCUCUAUCUCAUUAUACGAAAAAGAUAAAUCCAGUUGAACCUGAACUAUUGCAAUUCUCAUCGACCAUUGAUAAAUCCAAAGAGUUCUAUUCAAACAUAGUCAAUAACGUUUGCGAUGAUGAAGAAUUUCAAAGAAACGAUCGUCACUGCUGGAUCGGAGAUCGUGUUAGUGAUUACGAUCAAAUAAUCAUAAAUACUCCUGGCACCGAUACACAACGCUACAAUCCUGAAGUACCUUAUGAGCCAACAUCUAGGCCAACUAAAUUACAUGAAUUGCUCGAUAAGUUGUUGAAAAUACGCAAAAAUCUGGAAACAGCGGUACCAUCCCCACCCAGAACAAUCAACGAUAUUCAAAGUGAUAUGGCUGGUCGUGAUGAAGAAGGAUCUGGCCGCAUAACCGAUGAUGUCGAUGAUGAGGAAUACCGGAUACAAGGAUCUGGUGAUGGUUCUGGAGAUGGUGCCACAUCAUUCCCAGUUGAUCCUCGUUCAGAUAAUAAUGAAGAUAAUGAAAUUACACCACAUGAAAAAUCAAAUUCACCGGCCAGUGCAGUAACCGCGUCGAUGAGUUUAGCAUCUUUAACUUGUCUACUACUAGUCACACACCAUACAUUAUUAGCAACGAUACGAUUUUAUAAACUUAAUUUAAAUUAAAUAAAACAACCAAGCAACAAACACACACAC